CGGAUUGGUUAGAGAGUCAAGCUCAGACAAUCCAUUGUCUGUUUGUAUGAAGAACAAACCAAUCCUAGCACAGAGGGCGGGACUUGUCGGAAUUCGGGUCUAAAUGGCAUCGAUCAAAGAUCUUGAUGUCGGGGAGAAGUUCAGUAGCAGGCUGGAGGAAAUCAGGACUAAACUGUUGUCCCAGGCGAUGGGUGAAGUGCUGAAUGAGGCGACAGUGGAGUUCUGCCAGGCGCACAAACAGUACAUGAAGUCUGUUUUGGGGGAAACCGGAGAACCUGGAAGAAACCCACGCAGACAACAUGCAAACCCCACACAGAAAGGCCCUCGUCGGGCACUGGGCUCGAACCCAGGACCUUCUUGCUGUGAGGCGACAGUGCUAACCACUAUACCACCGUGCUGCCCGAUGGUCAACCCAAGGGAUACAUGCUCGAAAAAAUGCCGGGAAGAUGAGACCAUGUUUGAGACCAUACAGGCUUAUACAGAAGAGCUGAAACGUCAGAAUUCGAUCCUGAGGGAGAGAAAUGGAGAACAACCAGAAAUAUUGGGAUUGAUCCAGGACAAAGAAAGCCAUAAAGACCUCCUUAUUCAGAAGAUUGAGAAGCUGAAGCAAGAGCAGGCCAAGAACAGAGAAUUGAUUCACUCACAAAAUAAAGCCAACAAGGACCGACUAAAGAACUUGAACAAAAUCAAAGAGAUCUUCCAGGAACAACUAAGCCUCGAGAUCAGAAAAGUCCAGGGUGAGAAGUUGCAGUUCAUCUUCAGAAACAUCAACCACAAGAAUCCACAAAGUGCCUACACCUUUCUUUUAAGGAUAAAUGAGGAUGGAGUGUACCACAUCGUCUCCUGUGAUCCUCCUCUGGCACAGAUGGAUCAUCUUGAGCGUCGACUGCAGGAGACCAACAACCUCUCUGCUUUUCUGGCUAAUGUCAGGAGAGAGUUUGUGGCACUACACAAUCCUACAAAGACUGUCUGACUUCAUACAGAUAUUAAUGAUAAGCUCAGUCCUGUACAUGUUUAACUGUUAAGAAGCUAAUAUACAGUUGGCCUUUUAAGGGCAAGACUCAGUCGUCACCAGUACUGACUGUGUGCUUCUUUUAUUACUGUUGUACUUUAUCAUUCUUGUUGCGUGUGUGUGUGUGUGUGUAAUUUCUUUUUGAACUCUGACAUAAUAAAAUACAUACAAA